CCCGCUCCCGCCUCGGGCCGAGUCACGUGUCAGCCAAAGAUGGCUGCGCCCUGGCGAGUUUAGCAAAGGUUGCGGUGAGCCUUAGCUGUGAAGGAAGACCGGAGGAAGCACCGGCUGCGGGAGGGGAGCAUAACGUACUGGCAUUCUAGGAAAGUGCAUUUACAGGGUCUGCUGAGCCUAACUUAAUUUUCAGACGCUGCACUUUUUUCAUUGCCUCUCGGAGCUAUCCUGAGUGACGUAGACGAGAUGGAAAAUCAUGAACUCGAUACUGUCAAGGAAAACCAAAUUUUUGAUAUCAUAACCAGAAAAAUUAACCAACUCCCAGAAGCAGAAAGAGAUCUACUUGAACAUGGAUCAAUAUAUAUUGGACUUAAUGCUGCUUUCUGUGGCCUAAUAGCAAACAGUCUUUUCCGGCGCGUCUUAAAUGUGACACAGGCUCGUAUAUCUGCAGGCUUACCAAUGGCAGUGAUUCCAUUUUUGACAGCGAACGCAUCUUACAAAGCUUUUGUAAGUUUACCAUUGAAUACAGGUGAUUUGAAUUGUGAAACCUGUACUGUAACACGGGGUGGAUUAGUUGGUCUUGUUUUUGGUGGUCUGCACCCUAUUUUCUUGGCUAUACCUGUGAAUGGUGGCCUAGCAGCCAGGUAUUCUUCAGCCCUGCUACCAGAGAAAGGAAACAUCUUAACCUACUGGAUCAGAAUUUCUAAACCUAUCUUUAGAAGGAUGUUAUUUCCCAUUUUGCUGCAGACUGGCUUUGCUGCAUACCUUGGUUCUAGACAAUAUAAACUACUUAUAAAGGCGCUUCAGUUGCCUGAACCUGGCCUAGAAAUUCAGUGAUUGAUAAGCAAAUACGUACACAAAAAUAAAACUAAAAAUAACCUAUGUCUAAUGUAUGAAUAAACAUAGACUUGUAAUU